AAGUUCGGUUCAAUCUUACGAUAAAUAUUACCUGGCUUAAAAGUAAUACAUGAAGGGGGAAACCAGGAUAAAGCUGGAAAAGCAAGUCCGUCAUCUUAGGAUCUAAUAGAUUACUGUUUAUCAUUUAAAUUUAGGACAUCAAGUGCUUAUCAACGGGUUAAACAACGUUUAUAAAAGUGGGACAUCUAAUAUUUAAGAUAAACUAAACGAAAUUGGGAUUACCUUGUGUACAUGAGAUUGGUAAAAACACCACGUGAAAUAGCACAAACUCUAAGAAAUACAUGCAUGCUGCUCACGCAUAGGCCAUGGGAAAGGAAGCAAUUUCACCGCAAGACAAGAUAACUUAAGACUUGCGAAUGCUUUGAAGUUUUUAGAGAUGUAGUCAGUGACUUUCUAAAGAACUGGACAUAUUAAUAGGGAUUUAUAACAAUUAUGAAAUCGGAAAUAGUGUCAGCAUGUUUAUUUCUGCUUGGAAUGGCCUCUUGUAUAAGAGCUCUGAUACCAUUACCAUCAUUUACCAAGAUGAAGGAAAAUUAUCCAGGCUACAAACAUGCAGGAGGCAGAUACCACAACAACCAUCUUAUCGACAUGAUUGGAUGUAAGCGCAAUUUGUUAUUACAUGAUACUAGUGCAUUGAGACUAUCAUAUUCCUUCAACAGAGUUGGUGGUGAACAUUCCUUAGGAAAGGACUUAAUACAUUUAUCUAGGAAUGGAAUUGACAGUGUCGUAGGCACUGAUGGACUACAAUAUAUUUACCACCCUAUAGCAUAUGGACCAUUCCUAGCUGACAAAUAUGGAUAUCCAACCAUUUCAAAAUUACACCAGUUUGAUCCUGUCAGCACAAAGAAGAACUUUUGGGGGAAGCAAGGAAUACUUAGGGUGAUAACAUACCGUAAAAUUAAAAACUUGCCAGUUGGACAUGUUGCAUUGUGGGACUGUGAUCAUUUUCAUGAAACAAAAGAUUGGAUAUCAGGGCAUAGUUUGAUAACAGUUGAGUUCUGGGAGUCUCCAGAUUCCAACUGUUCCAGUUCUACAACUAGAUAUCUUCAUCAAAAUGUACCAGUUAAACAUAUUAAACAAGCAUCUACACCUCCAUCAUCGAAUGUGAAUCAUCAAAUUCCAGCCAAUCGACUUCCUGGACAAUCAAUCCAUCAACUUCCAGUAACAUCAGAACAUUCAUCAUUGAAAAACAGUCUGCCUUUCAACCAGGGUAACAAAGCUCUUGCUCCAAAUUCACAAAUAGAUUUGAAAACAUUAAUGAAAGAUAAAACUUUCCGACGGAAAUUUAUCAAAAAGUAUUAUAUAAGUAAUGGGCAUUUACGUCAUGCAAAACACAGAGGAUUGUCAUUGUCUAAUGAGCAAAUACCAUCUAGGAAUAAAUAUGGCAGGUCAAUAUCAUGAUCCAGGUAUCAAUAAUACUUAUUGCGUUUUUUCUUUGGCAAUCAGAACUAUUUUGUGAGCAUUUUCAUAAUUGUCAUUUAAAACAAUACAAUUGUUUGGGAAGAUACCAUUGACAACGAAUUUUAUCAGCUUCAACCACAUUCAAUCUAAUCUAUGGCCAGUUAAGUUACUGUCACCAAAAUAGUUAAUCUACAACCUCAAAUUACUGGAUUAGAAUUGACAGAUACGUAUGAAUUGUUCAACAAUGAAAAGCAUCAACAGGAUACUCUAGCUUGUCUAAUGAGCUUACUUUUAUGAAUUUGUAUUCAAUUUAUGAUAAAAAAAAAAUGUUUUCAGAAUACAAAUUAUUGAACUGAGUUUAACAUAUGAUGUGCAUUUGAAAAAAAAGGAUUAUUAUAGUAAUGACAGUUCAUCAGUGGCUGCAUUUGUUUUGUUUUUUUUUUUUAUUUUGUGUUCAUUCCUGUAGCAUUUAUGAAUUGUGAUUCCGUAUUGAUGAUGUUAGCCAUGACAUUAUAAUAUGAAUGAUAAAAAAGUACUAGUCAUAAAUUGUCAGUUUGUGAAAAUGUUUGUAUAUAUAAAAAGAAAUUAAAAGUGCUAAUUGUACUUGUUAUGAAAAUUGUCAUUAUGUUUUUGAUCUCCAUGUGCUUUUCUAUUUGUGUUUAAUCAUUAUUUUAAUUUUCGUAAAAUACACAUGACACUUGUUAAGACAAAAAAAAGUAUAAGGUGACCAUAUUUGUUCAAAUAAGCAUCUUUAAUUUGCUGGAAUUUUAUCGAGACAGCUAAAUGAAAUUAGUCGGAAUUUUUUUUUUCAAUUCAGAACCAUCAGUUUAAAAUAAUUUUUGGCAUGAUAUAAUGGUAAAAAAGAUUAAAUCUAGCACUUGAUGCAGUUCUUUACCUUUAAGUUAAUAGUAAAAAUUCCUAUUUUUAUGUGUAAUUAACUUUAGAUAGUCAUUUAAAGAAGCAUGGAUGCUUUGCAGGUCAACUAGGGUAAAUUCUAUUUACCAAGUUGGAACUGAUCAGCUUAUCAGUGGGUGAAAUGUUGUAAAAAUACUUUUUAUUAUAUUAAUAACUACAUUUUUUUUUCAAUUUGCUCAAUUUUUGUGGUUGUGUUUGUAACAUUUGAAUUAGCCAACACUAAAUCCACUUACUUACAAAAUGUGUUUAGUAUUUAAACUUGAAAAAAUAAUUUAUUCAUAUCACAAGUCUUCUUUCCAGAAUGAAAUCCUAGGAAGUACAAACUUUUUGAAGUUUACUAAUAAAUAAAUUUUCAGGACUUCGUGUUUUUCGAACUUUCCACCCCCUAUAUUCAGUGAAAAGAUACGCACCUAAGUGUGAGUUAUGUAUUUUUAAGUUCUGAUUUGUGUGAUGAAUGUUUGCUUGAGGAAAACAUCAUAAUAUAUCUCAUAUAUCAUUCUCAAUUCAUUAUUUUUUUUUUCAUUUGAAAGCAAACACUUUGCUCAUGACAGUUUAAUACUGUCUUCAUUUGAAUUAUAAUACAUAUUUUUCUCCAUUUAAUGCAUGAUGAGUUUCUUUUCAAGUUCAAAUCACUCAAAAUUGUGACUGUCACCUUUAAAAAAUAACAUACUUUCAAUAAUUCACUCAUACCAAAUAUGUAAAUUAUUUAAAAUGAGAAUACUUUGAUGAUGUUUGCAUUCAUAUGUACCAUAUUUAAAUAUAUGAGGGGGUAAAGUACUAUGUUAGCCAUAAAUUUGAACUACUUUGCCAUAUAAAUGAGAAAUAAGAUACACUAUCGCUUACUUAAAAUGAAUUUAAUGACAUUUACUCAGCAUUUUUCACAAUUAUACUGACAGCCAAUGUCCUUGGUUCUUUUCUGAAUUGCAUAAAAGUUACACUUCAAAGAGGAGAGGCACAGCUUGAAAAAUUGUUGAAGAUAAAAUGUAAAUAAACUGAAGGAAAAACAGUCACUUGCAAGUUCAUCUAAAUGCUUUUGACAUAAAUUAAAAAUUUCAUUUAUUUUUGUUAAACGUAAUGUAUAAAAUAACUUACAAUUAAAUUUUAUGUUCAGGGCAUUUAAAAUCGUGCAUUGUGUUUUGGUCUUAUGUGCAUUAAAAUGGAAUAAUCUUAUUCAAAUAUUCCAUCAACCACCCUAUAUUUAAUCAGAUAAGGUUUUAAUCCAUUUUAAAUUGGUUCUUAAACAACACACCUUGUUUUGAAAGACACUUGUCACCAUUUUUUUGCACCACAUGCAAAAUUGUAUAAUUUAAAAGUCUAUUUGCAGGUGUUCCAUCUUUUACUCAUUGUCUGAAUUUUCAUCAAUGAAUUUUAUUUAGAGGUUUAAUUUACAGUAACUCCUUUGUAUUGACACUAAUAAAAAUAUCUCUAUAACUUGAUAAAUAUCCAUUGUGUAUAUAUAUCUUAUCAACAUUCUUAAAAACCUAAGAUUUUAUGAAUGAGUCAAUUUAAGAAAAAAUUAAAAAGAGGGGGAAUAAUGUUUCAGCUUUUUUAUAAGCUAAUUUUUAUAAGAGAUCCUGUAAUACUUUUUUUUUUAUUAUUUUCUGGUAUUACAAAAAUAAUCUAUACUGUUUCAAAUUUAGAGUUGUAAUUAUGUCCUGUUUUGCACUAACUGCAAAUUCAGAUGAUAGUUAUUUCUCUUUUUACAUCCAGCCUUCCUGGUAGCAGCAUCUUUUCCCUAAGUCUCAUUAUUCCCUUGAAUACAAAUUAACACACAUUUUCAAAAAUGCCAUUUGAUAUUCUAGCAUAUCAUACUACAAAAUAUAAUCUAUCAUUUUAUUCAAACUAUCUAAUGGGGUAUUUUCACUAACUUUAUGGCAGCUAUGUCUUAAAUGUUUACACUUGUUCUUCAUCAGGAUUUAUUUUUAAUAUACUAGUCCUGCUCAAUGUCUUCAACUUCAAAGGGUAAAAUAAUAUUUAUAAAAAAACAGUAAAUGUUCAUCUAUUUGUGAUAAAUAGAAUCACAAAUCUGUGCGAGAAAUAUGAUCCCCACUAGUAUCAAGAAUACAAGAAUACCUUUAACUCACAUACUUUAAAAAAGUUUGUGUGAAACAGACUUUUUUGUCCAAAUUAUAUUAAGCCAAUGUUUCUUAUCUUCAUUGAGAACAUCUAAAAUUAAACUAACACUUUGGAGUUUUAUUUGAUUUCUUCUUCUGGUGUUUGAAUCAUUGCAACUUAUUUUUCCACUUUUCACAUGUGCAUGGUCUUUUUUUCGACAGCUUUUUUGUUUUAAACACAAAAAUUAAUUAUUACUUUAAUCCUCAAAGCAAAAUCAAAAAUCCAUCUUGAAAUUUGCGAAAAUCCAGUAUUUGCAUCUAAUGUAAUGAAGUCAUGAAAAAUUGUUUUGAUUCUAAUUUCAACUUUAGAAAUUCUUUGUUACUUUUCAUGUCAAGUUUGUGGUUUGAUUAAAUUUUGUUUUGAAAUAUUAUUGUGAACAUUCCUUUCAAUGAAUUUUUAUGUUGGAUCAUCUGAACACAGGAUUUACUUUUUUGUGUAGAUCCGAUAAUGAUUACUUUUGUUUUAUAAGCUAAUUGUUGUAUAUUGACCAUCAAAUGAAAACCAAAACUUGUAAAUUUUAAUUGUUGUUUAUAAUUUAUAUUGCUGUUGAUUUGUAUGUUUUGUGUUGUGAAAUUGAAUUUGAUUAAAUCAAAAUAAAAUCAAUUUGAAAUGAA